CACACCUACAGGAGGAUGGUUUGUGUGAUCGCAGUGAAUGGUGGGGCCAGGAAUCCGACAAAUUUCUCCCCGAGUGUUUCAAGUCAGUCAAUCAGUCAGUCAGUUCCUACCAGGAAGGAAAGGAAGAAGGAGGGCUUCGUUGUCUUCCUGCACCUCCAGCACGACGUUGCAACCAAACCCAGAGGAGGCGAAGAUACUACUGUACGCACAUACACCGCCGAAAGCAGCUGGUCCAGGCUCUACCGGCUCUGGAAGGGCAUCAUCUGCUGCACAAAAGCACCAUCGCUAACAGAUACUUUUGCGUACAAGAGUGACAUGAUGGUUAUGGGGGUUGUUGACGCUGAGAAGCUGGAGUCCAGGAAAUCGCUCCCCUGUGGGAUGUCGGACGAGACCCUGGCGUGCGUGUUAAAUCACAUUGAGAGUCCCCAAGAUAGGGCAGCUGUGUCCAUGGUGUGUCAGCAAUGGCGGCGAGUGGAUGGCAUGACUCGGAAGUUCGUGACGAUAGCGAAUAUGUAUGCUACCUCUCCUGCUUCAUUGACGAGGAGGUUUAAGGGCUUGGAGGGGAUCAAGUUGAAGGGGAAGCCGAGAGCGGCUGAGUAUAACCUGGUGCGGAGUGACUGGGGAGGCUACGGGGAGCCGUGGCUAAAGGUGCUUGGGCGACAGUAUGCUGAUCUUCACAUUCUGCAGCUGCGGCGGCUGACGGUGCUAGACUCUGACUUGGAGCUCAUAGCGUCGUCGACCUUCAGCUCCGCGUUGCAUGUUUUGCAUCUGCACAAGUGCGUUGGCUUUACUACGAAGGGUCUUCUUCCCGUAGUACGCGCGUGUCGAUCUCUGAGGAGGUUGAGUCUUGAAGACAGCGAGGUAGAAGACAAAGGAGGCGAAUGGCUACACGCCUUGGCCCUCAACGAUUCCACCUUGGAAGAACUCCAUUUUGGAGUACUUGGAAUAGAAGCUAUCGACAUCGAAGACUUGACUAUUCUGGUGGAGAAGUCCAAGUCGUUAGUUUGCUUGAAGGUGGCUGAAAUCGAGUUACUGGACAUGAUUGAUGUAUUGCAAAGAGUUCCUUCCCUUGAAGAUCUUGGUGCAGGAUCCUGCAAUUACCUUGGUGCCAAGGAUGUUGAUGAUUUUGUCUCCAUUCCAUGGCCGAAGAAAUUGAAUGCUUUAUCAGGGAUGUGGUCUCUCAUGGAUUCAGGCUUGCCACAGAUUCUUCCCAUUGCGCCAAAUCUGAUCAAGCUGGACCUAAAAUACACGCUUUUGAGCUGUGAAGGCCACUGCCUGCUUCUCAGCCAUUGCUUUUCUCUCCAAGAACUCCAGACUCGAAACACACUGGGUGAUGAUGGCAUGGAAACACUCAGCAGGUCGUGCAAAGGAUUAAAGAAGCUGCGUGUGGAAGACGAUGAAACUGGAGCAAUCACACAGCGCGGCAUUGUUGCUGUAGCGCAAGGCUGUGAACAACUGGUGCAGCUGAUAUUGUACGUUGCCAACAUCAGCAACGCAGCGCUAGCGAUGGUGGGGCAAGGCUGUCCACACUUGGUAGACGUCCGCAUUGUGCUGGAGCCCAGUGCGAGGUAUGCUCCAGAUUUCCCUUUGGACGAUGGCCUCAAGCUCAUGCUCAAGGGUUGUGUCAACCUAAGGCGACUGGCUGUGUAUCUCCGUUACGGUGGGUUGACUGACAAAGGAAUGGAAUACAUCGGUGUCUAUGGGAAAAACCUUCAGUGGUUGCUUGUAGGAUGCGCGGGAAACAGCGAUGUUGGGCUUGCUAACUUCGCCCACUGGGCACAGCGCAUACAACGGCUGGAGAUUCGAGACUGUCCGUUCGGAGAGACGGGAAUGGCAGAGGCUGUUUCGGCGAUGAGUUCAUUGAAGUAUUUAUGGGUACAAGGAAGUCGAGCUUUGGAAGCUGGUGAAAAACUAUCUGCGCUGUCUCUCCCUUGUCUAAAUGUGGAGGUUUGUCCACCACCCGCAGGGCAGCCAGGAGGCCAACUGUUUGCCUACUAUUCACUAGCAGGGCCGAGGAAAGAUGGGCCUACAGGACUGAAGACUUUUAUUUCAAACACAGUGAAAGAUCAGUAACUCUUGCUAAAUCCGCCAUCAAAACACAUCUUUAGCAUCUGCGACGACAAGCAGAAGUUGAUAUCCUGCGAGUGUCGCUUCAGUUGGUUGCUUAGUGCAGAGUUGAAGAUUGAACGCUGUCAAACGGAAUUGGGAAUCGUUUCAGAAUACAACAUCAACGUUAGACCUAGUGCUGACAGGAUACGCAGAAAUGUACCUUGAAUUGUGAUGGAAGCUGGUGCACAUAGCUUCGCUAAACCCUGUAACAGAGGUGUGUGGAUUACGGUAUAUUUAUCAAUGCACAAAUAUUUGUGGAGUAUGUUGA